AUGACACCCAAGACUAAGGACGGUCAUAUUUGGGAGCCGAGCACUGGCUUUCAGAAGGGACUCGAGAUCUACGAUGUUAUUGUCAUUGGAGCUGGAUAUGCUGGUUUGGCGGCAGCUCGCGACCUCAGUCAAUUGAAUCAUUCUGUUCUACUGCUUGAAGCACGCGAUCGAAUUGGCGGCAGGACAUAUACUGCCAAGAAAGAUGGGUUUCUCUACGAAAUGGGAGGAACUUGGGUGACUCAUCAUAUGGGUUACUUAUUUAGAGAGAUGACGCGUUAUAACAUGGACCGCGAUCUUAUAACGACGGGAAGUCCAGACAUGCACAAAGGGUACUACACUAUUGACGUACCAGGAGCUACACCUCGUAAGCUCAGCCACGAAGAAGCCGGCACAAUGCAAGCCAAAGCCUGGGACAUGUUCGUCAACGUCGACGGCCAAUUCGGCCGCACCAUCUGCCCUCUCCCCCACGCCCAGCUUGACAACCCCAUCGUCGAUCGAUCUACCGUUGAGAAGUGGGAUCAACUAUCCUGCCACGACCGCUUCGAAGAGAUCAAGCAUAAACUUACAGCCGAGGAACAAGGCCUCUUAGUAUCUCUACUACUUCACAUCUCAGGUGGAAGAAUGAAGGAGUCUAGUCUUUGGGAUAUGAUUCGCUCACAUGCUUUACUAAUGCACAGCUCUGAUAACUUUGCUGAUGUGUGGUUGAGAUAUAAGCUGAGAGAUGGCCAGACUGCACUUGCGAAGCGAAUGUUUGAAGAAGCUACUGGAGAUGGGCUGGAGUAUGCCUUCUCCACGCAAGUCAAGUCGAUCGCACAGGAAUCAUCUGGUGACGGCCCGAUCACUGUGACUAGUAGCAAUGGGGACGUCUUCCGAGCGAAGAAGAUCAUCAACACCAUUCCUCUCAACGUCUUGAAGGAUAUCGAGUUCUCGCCUCCACUCACGCGACGUCGGCAGGAUGCCAUCAACAUCGGUCAUGUGAACCAGAUGACCAAGGUUCAUGCUGAUGUGAGCAACAAGGAACUUGAGAGAUGGAAUGGAAUGAAGUUCCCUGGUCUUUUGAUGUAUGGCUACGGCGAUGGCGUGCUGCCAAACGGCGAUGUCCACGUCGUUGCUUUUGGUGCAGACGAGCGGGAUACCUUCAUCCCCGAGAACAAUGCAGCACAGACCAUUGAAGCUCUCAACAAAAUCCAUCCGAUGGAUGUCAAGAGACUAAUGCUGCAUAAUUGGGCUACAGAUCCUUACUCAAAGGGAGGUCCUGCCUGGUGGCAGCCAGGCUACAUGUCAAAAUACCAUGAUGAGCUCCAGAGUCGACACGGUAAUGUCUUUUUUGCCUCGGCCGAUUGGGCUCAUGGCUGGAGAGCUGCUAUUGAUGGUGCUUUGGAGCAAGGUUGUCUGAAUGCGCAGGUUGCUCAUCGCGAGGUCGUUGCUUCAAAGAAGAAGGCUGGUGGUAGUAAGCUUUGA